UCCUGCUGAGGUCGGCUCAAAGUCUCCCUGUCUGAGGCUGAGGGGAAGGGGAAGUGGGGAGGGAUGUGAAACUCGCCCAGAGGGCAACACCCCUCUGGUCCCCGGGGUCCCUGGGCAAGGGCAGGAGUGUCCAGUUGGCGUGGACAGCCGGAGGCAGGCGCCAUGGAGGCCCCUUGGCGGUGGCUGGUGGUCUGUGUGCUGGCCGUGUCCCUGCCCUGGACAGUGACCGAGAAUGUGUGCCGAGCACCCAAUGGGAAGGACGGGGCUGCGGGGAAACCUGGCCGACCCGGGCGGCCGGGCCUCAAGGGCGAGCGAGGGGAACCGGGAGCCCCUGGCAUCAGGACAGGCAUCCGGGGCCUUAAAGGAGACCCCGGGGAGCCUGGGCUCCCUGGAAAGCCGGGCAUGAUGGGCUACCCAGGGCCCAACGGCCUCCCUGGGGACCGUGGCCUGCCAGGACAGAAGGGCAUCAAGGGCAACCCAGGAAACAUCAAGGACCAGCCGCGGCCGGCCUUCUCGGCCAUCAGGCGGAACCCGCCGGUGGGCGGCAACGUGGUCAUCUUCGACACGGUCAUCACCAACCAGGAGAGCCCCUACCAGAGCCACUCGGGCCAGUUCCUGUGCGCCGUGCCCGGCUACUACUACUUCACCUUCCAGGUGGUCUCCAAGUGGGACAUCUGCCUGACCAUCGUGUCCUCCUCCCGGGGCCAGGUGCGGCGCACCCUGGGCUUCUGCGACACCAACGGGAAGGGGCUGUUCCAGGUGGUGUCGGGGGGCACGGUGCUGCACCUGAACCACGGCGACCAGGUCUGGAUCGAGAAGGACCCCGCCAAGGGCCGCAUCUACCAGGGCCCCGAGGCCGACAGCAUCUUCAGCGGCUUCCUCAUCUUCCCGUCCCCCUGAGCCGCCCUCCGGGCCCUCCCUGUGUCCUGCUCUUGGCCACCGUCCCCCCCUGGGCCGCUUCUCUGCCCCUUCCUGGAAUAAAGAUCUGAGUCUGUC